AUGCACUCGCAUCCUACUAUCGUCCGCCUGGACUGCAAGGCUCAGUCCUACGACUGGGGCAAGAUUGGAUCCCACUCCUCCGUCGCCAGGUUCGCCUCCUCCUCCCCUGGAUUCACAGUCGACGAGUCCCGUCCCUACGCUGAGCUCUGGAUGGGUACACACCCCAACGCACCAUCAACGCUCUACCAAUCCGAGAAAUCACUAGAGUCCCUCCUCAAGGCAGACCCCCAGCUUCUCACACCUCACUUCCACGAGAAGUACAACGGUCACCUCCCCUUCCUUUUCAAGGUCCUCUCUAUCAGAAAGGCGCUCUCGAUCCAGGCACACCCCGACAAAUCCCUCGCUGAGAAGUUAUUCAAGGACCGGCCCGAUCUUUACAAGGACGAUAACCAUAAACCCGAGAUGGCGAUUGCAUUGACGGAUUUUGAGGCUCUUUGUGGGUUUAAACCGCUGGAUGAGAUUUCGGCGGCAUUGGAUCAUUGGCCAGAGUUCAGGGCAUUGGUUGGAGACCAGGCGACGCAUGAGUUUCAAGAGACUAUUAAGAGGUCACAGGUGACCGAGGGGAUCAAGGGAAUCAAGGAGGGGCGCCACGCGCUCAAGGCUUUGUUCAAGACCAUGAUGGCUGCGGAUGCUGACAAAGUCAAGUUGGAGCUCGAUCGAUUGGUGGCUAGACUUGAGUCUGCUGGUCAGCAGUAUUUUGUGGGUUCUUUGGAGGAGUUGCUGCUCAGAGCUCAUUCUCAGUUCCCUGGAGAUGUGGGUACCUUCAGCUUCUUCUUCCUCAACUAUAUCGUCCUCCAGCCUGGUCAGGCGGUCUUCUUGGCCGCCAACGAGCCUCAUGCCUAUUUGAGUGGAGACUGCGUGGAGUGUAUGGCGGCCAGUGACAAUGUGGUUCGCGCAGGACUGACCCCGAAAUUCAAGGACGUCGAGGUCCUGACCGAGAUGCUGACCUACCAGUCAAAAGCCGGGUCCGACCAACUCCUUUCAGGAGUCCUCUGCACACCCACAGGCCAUUCGCUCAUGUACGACCCCCCAAUUGAUGAGUUCUCGAUCAUUCUCACCACUCUUGAUCACGCAAAGGAGAAGGAGCGUUUGAGGGGCGCUGAAGGCCCCAGUGUGGUCAUUGUCACCAAGGGCCAGGGUGUGAUCCGGACUGAGAACCGUGCCACGGGUGAGGGUGAGGAUGAGGUGGUUGAGGUUAUUGCAAAGGAGGGGAGAGUGUUUUUUGUCGGUGCUAAUACGCCCUUUUCGAUUGAGGCCACGUCGGAUGAGGGGGUCACUAUCUAUACCGCCUUCUCUGUCAAGCCUGACAAGAAGGACCACUUCCACCAUUAA